AUGUCUCCUGACUGUAAAAGCAAACGAAUGUGUGUCCAUUGCAAUAAAUCAGAUGUACAUCACAGAAGUUUGUGCCCAGUGAAAUUUAGAAAGGCACCUAUUCAUGAAAGUGUUAAUUUAUUAGAAGAAGGAGCAUGCGCGUCUGAAGAAAGUGUAGAAACAAGAGAAAUUCCCAUUAAUUCAACAGAUGGUGGUGUUUGUAAUGAAAGUGCAUUAUUAUCAUCCAAUGAAAUAGUGAUGAUGCAAACAUCGCGCACUGAAAUUUGGGACACAGAAGGUCUUAAUAAAGAAAAUGUAAGAAUUCUUUUAGAUUCCGGAUCGCAAAGAACGUACAUUACAGAGCGACUGGCAACAUCCCUGAAUCUAAAGAGGACAAAUGAACAAGAGAUUCAUCUGGUUACGUUUGGUAGCGACAAAUCGAAGGUGAUAAAGACAAUGUCUACAAAGUUAAAUGUUCGGUUGAAGGAUGGACACGAUUACACAAUAACAGCAAAUAUAGUUCCAACAAUUACAGGAAGCAUUCAAAGGAAACCAGUACGUAUAUCGGAUAGAGACAACUUCAGGUCGUUGAUAAAGAACCUUAGUCUAGCGGACGAUAUACCUACUGAAGAAUACACAGACUCAAUUGAAUUAUUGUUGGGAAAUGAUUAUUACCUGGAUAUAGUAUUAGGACAUAAAAUAGAGAUUCAGCCAGGACUUUAUCUCUUGUCGUCAAAACUAGACGCAAGUGUUUACGAACGUUGA